UAUAAGUGUAUAAUCUAUGGUCUACACCUCAGUUGUUGUGACAAAUAUCUUAAUUUGUCAAAAAAUAAAAUUUAAUUGCAAUGUCAACAUGGCGACUGCAAUAGGCGAAUUUGAGCCGUGGUUAAUUGAUAAAUUAAAGUCACUGAAAACUGAUGAAGGUGUUUUUGGAUCAUAUAUAUCAAGUAUUUUGGAAAGUGAAGAAACUAUAGAUGAGAAAAAGGACGCUCUGGAAGGCAUACUAUCUGAGAUUGUUGAAAAAGACAUAUCAGAGCACGUAAAUGAAAUAUUAGAGAAGUGGGAGCUAUGCAGACCAAAAGAAGAGAAUCAAAAACCUGCAGCAGGUGUAGAUCUUCAGUUGGCAAAAUUGUUAGAAUCUCAAUCAUUAGCAACUACCACUCGUCGAGAAUACACUGAAGAAGAGAAGAAAAUACGAGAAGCGAUAUUAUCGCAGUACAGUCAGCUCUCUGAUAACGAGCAAGAUCAAGAUAAUGAGGAGGAAACAGAUUGCCAAGAUUUGGUCAGAAACACAAAUGCUUUAGACGUCGCUACUGCUGCUCGUGAGCGACGUGAAAAUGCUCGUCUAGAGGCUCAACGAAAAAAAGAAAAGGACAAAGAAGAUAGAGAGAAGCAAAAAGCCCUUAAAGAAGACAAAAAAGAAAAACGCAAAACACAAAAAGUUGAAAGGAAAAGGUAGCAAUCUUAAACAAUAGCCAAAUAAGCUGCUAUUGUUAUAUUACUAUUAGUAAAUAGGUUGAAAAUUAUUCUUUCUAAUUUUCCUGCAAAAUAUGUGAAAUUUUUGAGACUGCGUUAUAUUGACACAUUUCAUCAGUAAAGUAUUUAUAAUUCUUGUUUAUACAUUUUUAUGCUGACAUAAUUAUUAUUUCCUUGCAAAUUUUUACGUUGCAUGUGUGUAUAGUUACUGUAAAUUGUAUUAAAAUAAAUUAUAAUCAUAAUAGUCA